UUUCAUUGCGAUCUAUGCGAAAAGGUCUUCAAGAAGCAGAGUUCUCUAACAAGGCACAAAUACGAACACUCUGGCAAGCGUCCAUUUACGUGUCACGUGUGCUCGAAGGCCUUCAAACACAAGCACCACCUGGUGGAACAUUCCAGACUGCACAGUGGAGAAAAACCUUUCCGAUGCACCGUCUGCUGCAAGUCUUUCAGUCACUCCGGAUCAUUCAGUCAGCAUACUAAUAAUAGGCACAAGGGCUGCCUU